AUGGAGAGGCUGCGGGAGGUGCGGGCUCAGCUGCAGGCGUGGGAGCGCGCGUUUACACGGCAGCAUGGGCGACGGCCUGGCCAGGAAGACGUGAAGGCAGCACCUGAUGAGAUCCGCGCGCUCUAUCGGGAGUACCGCGUCCGGAAACAGGCCGUGCGCCGGGCCGGCGGCGCACCUCGCAGCCCGGAGUGGACACUCCCUGCGUCGGCCGAGGAGACACAGGAGCCCAGCUGCUGGGGACACCACCUAAAUCGUGCUGUAGCCCAGAGUCGACAACCUACUCCAGGGCGGACCUUAUGGGGAUCUGUGCAGGACUAUGGGAAGAGGCUCAAGGCCAAUCUAAAGGACACCCUACAGGCUGGGCCAGCUCUGAGCCGAAGACUCCAGCCUCCACAAAGACUGUUGUCCAAGAUGACCAUCCCAAAGCCAUCAGACCCAAAGACUGCCCCCACUUGUCCAGAUGAAGUCAGUGAUGAUUUGUCUCCUCAGCCUUCUAAGCUCCAGCCAAAGCCAGGCCGGCUCCAACAGCUCCAGGCAUCUCUGAGCCUACGGCUGGGCUCUCUAGACCCUGGCUGGCUGCAGCGGUGUCACAAUGGAGCCUCAGAUUUUCUGGAAGCCCCCAUUGCCUGCUGGCCUCACCUGGGUGCAGAGGAAUCACAACCUUUGACCUCAAUCGAGUCAGCCAUUCUUGACCCUGGCACUCACACUGAGGCAUCUUCACAGGGCCCAGAGGUUCCAGCCCCACAGGAAGCCCAAAUUGGUUCAGGGAACCCCCAGCCCAAGAGCAGUCAAGCCAAGAAGUGGGAGGGGAGUAAGGAGAAUGGAGGUAGCCCUGCACAAGCCCAGUGGGAUAGCAGCCAAUUAAGAUCCCUAUCUGAGGGGGCUGGAGCUACAGGACUUCAGCAAGACCCUCCAGGGGAACCUGUACAGGUGAAGCCACUUCAGUCCUGCAGCAAUUCCUCAAGUGAAGCCAGGGCAGAGAAGGCUGAGGGUAUGGCCCAGCUACGUAUCUCCCCUAGGCCAGCUGUCUUGGAUAGGGGUAACUACGUUCGUCUCAACAUGAAGCACAAACGCUACGUUCGGGGUGGGGCCCUUCGAGGCAGGCUCCUCCGAAAGCAGGCACAGAAGCAGAAGUGGCACAAGAAGGGGGAGCAGUUUGGGGGUGGUAGAUCCAGAGCCACAGUCGAGGAUUCUUGUUUCCGGUGUGGGCAGUUUGGCCACUGGGCAUCCCAUUGCCCCCAGCUAGGCCACAACCUAGCCCUCCAGAAGGAGGAUGGCAAGGAUGAGGAUGAUGCACAACCCUUUUCCACCUUGGAAAAAGCAGCCCAGAGGACAGGCACUAUUAACUGCCACCUCCCUAGUGUGGCCCUAGAACCUGAGCUGGAGGCACCCCGCCUUCCCCACCCAGUGCUGCCCCUCUACCCACCAGGGCCCUUGGGGCAGGUGGCAGAGACACCGGCUGAAGUAUUCCAGGCCCUGCAGCAGCUAGGGCACCAAGCCUUCCGCCCUGGGCAGGAGCAAGUAGUUAUGCGGAUCCUGUCUGGCAUCUCCACGCUGCUGGUGCUGCCCACAGGCUCUGGCAAGUCCUUGUGCUACCAGCUUCCUGCACUGCUGUAUGCCCAGCGCAGCCCCUGCCUCACACUGGUAGUGUCUCCCCUUCUGUCACUCAUGGACGACCAGGUGUCCAACCUGCCCCCAUGUCUAAAGGCAGCCUGCCUCCACUCAGGCAUGACCAGGAAGCAGCAGGAGUCUGUCCUGCAGAAGGUUCAGGCAGCCAAGGUGCAUGUGCUGAUGCUAUCCCCUGAGGCACUGGUUGGGGCUUGGGCCAGGGGCCCUGACAGCCUCUCCCAGGCUGCCCAGCUGCCCCCAGUGGCCUUCGCCUGCAUUGAUGAGGCCCACUGCCUCUCUCAGUGGUCACACAACUUCCGGCCCUGCUACCUGCGCAUCUGCAAGAUACUUCGGGAGCGCAUGGGUGUGCACUGCUUCCUGGGUCUCACAGCCACAGCCACACGCAACACUGCCCGUGACGUGGCCCAGCACCUGGGUGUAGCUGAAGAGCUUGAUUUCAGUGGGCUAGCCACUAUCCCUGCUAACCUGCACCUCUCUGUGUCUAUGGACCGAGACCCAGAACAGGCUCUUGUGACACUGCUGCAGGGUGACCGUUUUCGUACCCUGAAUUCUGUCAUUAUUUACUGCAAUCGACGUGAGGACACAGAGCGGGUUGCUGCACUACUCAGGAUCUGCCUGUAUGCGCCUGGAGGUCUUUCCCCUGAGGCUGUGGCUGAAGCCUACCACGCUGGCAUGUGCAGCCGGGAGCGACGGCGAGUGCAGAAAGCCUUCAUGCAAGGCCAGCUGCGGGUUGUGGUGGCCACGGUGGCCUUUGGGAUGGGGCUGGACCGGCCAGAUGUGCGGGCUGUGCUACACCUGGGGCUGCCCCCAAGCUUUGAGAGCUACGUGCAGGCCGUGGGCCGUGCCGGUCGCGAUGGGCAGCCUGCCCAUUGCCACCUGUUUCUGCAUCCCCAGGGUGAGGACCUGCAGGAGCUGCGCAGGCAUGUGCAUGCCAAUGGCACUGACUUCCUGGCUGUGAAGAAGCUGGUGCAAAGUGUGUUCCCAUCCUGCACCUGCACUCAGCUGCCCCCAGGGCAGGAGGGAGGCAUCAGCGGGGUGAAGUCCAUGGCUGAGUCCGCCUCUCAAGAGGCCAAGCAACACAGUGGCCAACAACCAAACCCCAUGCCAGUACCAGUUUGCCCAGGCCAUGAGCGGGCACUCCCAGUGCAGCCAACAGUGCAGGCCCUGGACAUGCCGGAAGAGGCCAUCGAGACUCUGCUGUGUUACCUGGAGCUGCACCCACGGCGCUGGCUGGAGCUGCUGCCAGCCACUUACGCACGAUGUCGUCUGCGCUGCCCUGGGGGCCGCACCCAACUACAAACCCUGGCCCAUAAGUGUCCCCCUCUGGCUGCAUGCUGGACCAGGUGGCCUCCUGAAGACACAAGUCAGGGCAGCAGCUCCCUGGAGUUUGACGUGGUUGAGCUGGUGGACUCCAUGGGCUGGGAGCUGGCGUCUGUGCGGCGGGCUCUCCGCCAGCUACAGUGGGACCAAGACCCAGGGACAGGUGUGCACCACGGGCCACAGGGGCUUGUGGAGUUCACGGAGCUGGCCUUCCACCUGCACAGCCCCGGCAACCUGACAGCUGAGGAGAGGGACCAGAUCUGCGAUUUUCUAUACAGCCGUGUACAGGCCCGUGAGCGUAACGCCUUGGCCCGUCUGCGUCGAACCUUUGAGGCCUUUCACAGUGUGGCCUUCCCUAGCUGUGGGCCCUGCCUGGCGCAGCCUGAUAGAGAGCGCAGUGCCCACCUGAAGGCCCUCCUUAGCUGCUACUUUGAGGAAAAGGAAGAUGAGGAUGGGAGCAUGGAAGAAGAUCAGGGCCCAGAGCCCGGGCAGGACCCGCUCCAGGACUGGGAAGACCAAAUCCGGCGUGACAUCCGCCAGCUCCUGUCCUUGCGGCCAGAGGAGAAGUUCUCAGGCAGGGCUGUGGCCCGCAUCUUCCAUGGCAUUGGAAGUCCCUGCUACCCAGCCCAGGUAUACGGGCAAGAUCGGCGCUUCUGGAGAAAGUACCUGCACCUGAGCUUCCAUGCCUUGAUGCGCCUGGCCACAGAGGAGCUCCUGCUGAGGGGCCGAUGACUGCC